AUGUCUGUGACAUCAGCAGCAGAUGAAGUUACCACCAUGGAAACAAGAGAGGCAUCACCUUCACAUUUCUUAAUCAAGAUUGAAUCUUUCUCCCUGCUUGAAAAGUGUGGAAUCGAGAAAUACGAGACUAAAGUAUUUGCUGCUGGAGAAUACAAAUGGAGACUAAUAAUCUAUCCUGAUGGGGACAACACUUUCGGAAAAGAUCGCGACUAUGUUUCUGUACAUUUGGCUAUGGCGGAUACAAGUUCAUUGCCUGCAAACUUUGAGGUCAAUGUCGUCUUCACCAUCUUUCUCUUUAAUCAAAUUUCUGACAAUUAUCUUCCUUCACUAGGAAUAACAAGGCGUUUCCAUGCAAUGAAGUCGGAAUGGGGAUUUUCAAAAUUUAUUUCCAAAGAAAUUUUGUUGGAUCCAUCAAACGGAUAUCUAGUUGAUGACAAGUGUGUGUUUGGUGCUGAGGUUUUCGUCAUCAAAAGAGAAGCGGUCACUGAAACUCUGCAUUUGAAGAAUGUGGAUAUCCCUUACAAGCAUGAUUUCAAGAUUUCAAACUUCUCCAAACUGCUAGGCGUUUGGGAAUCUGAAAAAUUUAGUGCUGGAGACCAAGAAUGGAAGAUUAUUCUUUACCCGAAAGGAAAUGGAAAAGCAACCGGCCGUUAUGUGUCCAUCUUUCUGCAUUGCGUCGAAUCCAAAAGUGUGAAAGCAUGUCAUACCAUAUGCAUCAAAAACCAGAUUUCUGAUGAAAACCUUAAAAAAAAUGGUACUCAAUGGUUUUCAGGUUCUACUAGCAGUAGUUGGGGAUGGCUUUCAUUCAUUGAGAUUGCAACUAUAAAUGAUCCUAAAAAUGGAUUCAUUGUGGAUGACUCUUGUCUUUUAGACGUCGAAAUCUCUGUCCUAGCUAUUUCAUAUUGA